CUAAAAUUAUACAAAGCUCCACGCAACUUUUUACCCGGAUAUCUUAGGUUCGGAUCCUCAAAAAACCUUUCGUCUGCUCGCAGAUCGAAUCAACUAAUGAGGUUCUACGGGGUACUGGUCUGUGUCUUAUGAUCUUAUCACAAGAAAGUUUUUUUUUUUAAUUUUAAAUUUUUAGAAAAAAAUCACAAUAAAGUUUUUUUUUUUUUUUUGGAACAAAUGUGGCUUCCCUUUCAAAAACCAUCUUUUGGCUUUUCUAUCCAUCAUAAUCGCUGAAGUGAAAUCUACUUCUAAUUAUCUCUUUGAUCUCGAGCAUGGAAAAUCUAAUUCUGGAAGGAUUCUACUACCCAGCUUUCUUCUCUAUGUUCUCCGUCAUAUACCUGAUUGCUUAUUUUCUAGUUUUUCGGAACUGGAACCCUAAGCAACGCCCGGAUGCGACAAGCUGCUUGAUCUCUCUGGCGCAUGGAACUCCCGCUGUCGUUUUGGCCUUAUUCGCGCUUUUCGAGAACCCUGCAAUCGGAUUCGCCUCCGAGAACUCCAAAUCUCAGAACUUGGCCCUUGACUUCAGCAUCGCUUACUUCACCGUCGACCUACUUCAUUACCUUGUCCUCCUCCCCAGUGAUGUCCUUUUCAUUGCUCACCACCUCGCCACCCUCUUCGUCUUUGUUACCUGCAGGUACCUUGUUUUACACGGCGCCUUCGCAAUUCUGGUCCUUUUGGUGCUUGCUGAGGUCACCAGCGCUUGCCAGAACAUCUGGACCCUUGCCGGGCUCCGACGAGGGGACCUGGCCGUGGCUGCCAAUGUGUAUCGGAUUCUUUCACCACCGUUCUAUGUUUUGUAUUCGAUCAUGAGGGUAUUUCUCGGGCCUCUGUUCUUCUUGAAGAUGAGCAUCUACUAUUUGAGUGGUGAAUCAGAUAGUGUGAUUCCUAGAUGGGUUUCGGUUUCUUGGAUUGUGGUUGUUGGUGGAGCUAUAUUGGUAAGCAUCUUGUGGAUCUCGAAUCUAUGGGUGGAGCUGGUUAGGGAAAUGAGAAAAAAGGGGAUCAGUGAGAAGAAAGAGAGGUAGAUAUGGUUGCUCAUAGCGCUUAUUUAACAAGUUGCUUUGUUCUUUCUGUCCUGACAAGCUUCUGAUGUUGACAAACAACAGCGUUGACAGUUCUUCUAUUAUGAGUUAAUAUGACAUGUAACAAUCACCCAAAAUAUGAAGAGUUUAUUGAUCUUCUAUUUUAUGAUUAUAUGUAUUAACUUGUUUGUUCAUUCUGGUUUCAAAAAUUAAGGUGCAGUGCAAACCUUUGGUAAGUUGCUCCAUCAUAUGCUCGUCUAUAUGGUCUGUUCACUUAUAAGGAUGUUAGAAACAAUCUCGACAUUGAGGAUGGUGAUGAAAUAUAUCCUUCUUAGUGCUUUGAUGGUUGAAGUUUCAUCCUCUAUUGAGGUGUAGACACGAGAAAUAAGCCUAUUGCACAAUAGUAUUGAAAAAGAAAGUAACAUGCCAGGUAGUUAUAUUUGACAUUUGGAAAAUACUAUAAUAUCUUCAUAUGUUCUCUGUUCA